AUGCAAUAUCUUGACUCAUUGAAUAAGAUAUAUGGCCCUCUCGUUCGCAUCAGUCCCAAUGAGGUUGUUCUUUCCGACUUGCAAGCCACCAAAGAUAUCCAUCGCGUUGGCACUAGCUUCCGGAAGUCCGACUGGUACAGCAAGCUUACUACUGCCCGCGAGCAUAACAUCUUCUCUUUGGUUGAUCCUAAGGCUCAUCAAGAGCGACGCAGACUGCUCUCACACCCUCUGUCGGAGGGUCCACUGCGAGAACUAGAGCCAGUAGUUCUGGAAAAUGUUGAGCUGGCUAUCCGCAAGAUCCAGGAGCGUAUGGACACGGAUGGCAGCGCUGAUUUGUUGAAAUGGUUUUUCUUCAUGGCUACCGAUAUCAUUGGUCAGUUGAGCUUUGGCGAGUCGUUUCGCAUGUUGGAAUAUGGCAAAGAGACCCAAUAUUCCAUUGAUCUCAAAAACGUCACGUUUUACAAUGCGUUACUUGUCGAGAUCCCCCUGAUCAUGAAAGUCGUUUCUGCCAUUCCUUGCAGCUUCAUCAAGAACAUUACAUCUGCUGCAGCCCGGCGCACGGCAUACGCUGAGAAUCUCCUGAACCGCUACAGGCAGUAUCUGAAAUCAAACCCCGACUGCGAAAAGCCAAUGUUACUUUCGCGUGAGCUGAAAGCCCAUGACGCCGGCCAAAUCUCACACGACGUAAUCGAGUCUGAUGCGGAGGCCUACAUUCUUGGCGGCAGCGACACGACAGCGAUCACGCUCACAUAUCUUGUUUGGGUGGUAUCAGAACACCCUGCCGUGCAGCAACGCCUGAUCAGGGAAGUAAGAAGCCUGCCUGACGGUUUUAAAGCGGACGAUCUGAAGAAGCUGUCUUAUAUGGGCCAGGUGAUCGAGGAAUCACUGCGUCUCUACGGCGCUGCCCCUGGUGAUUUACCUCGCGCUGUACCUGCGGGUGGAAAGAGGCUAUGUGGACAUUACAUUCCCGGUGGACUUACAGUCACAACACAGGCGUUUGAUCCGUCCCGAUGGGAGAACCCGACUCAAGACAUGAAAGAUGCCUUUAUGCCGUUUGGUGCAGGUAGCCGAAUCUGUCUCGGUCUUCAUCUAGCCCGCUUAGAGCUCCGCAUGACGAUUGCGCACUUUCAUCGCGCCUUCCCUAAAGGGGUCAGAUUAACAGACGGCAUGACGGAUGGUGACAUGGAGAUGGAAAACUAUUUCUUGAUUCAACCAAAGGCAAGACGCUGUAAGGUGGCUCGCGCGUAG